ACAGGAGCAACUCUAAAUGCUCCUGUACUUGCUGGAAACACCAUUGGAUGCCUAAACAUCAACAACUAUGCUGAUGGAAAUGGGCAAAAAAUCUCAGAGACAGAGAUGGCAGAAAAACAAGAUUUGAUUUUGAAAAAAUUCUUGGAAACUCACAAAUCCUUUCUGAAGAAGAAAGCAGAGCGUAUUUUUGAGGGCAUAGAAGAAGAAAGUGAGGUACAUCUUAAAGCGGUUUACACGGAACUCUUCAUCACAAAAGGAGAUAUGAAAGAUGUCAAUCAGGAACAUGAGAUUCUGAAGAUUGAUGAUGCUUUCAAGAAUAAAAAAACACAGGACAAACCAAUCAAAUGCAAUGAGAUAUUUACUGAACUGAGGAAAAACAAUGGGGAAAAGAUUGUGCUGACCAAGGGCAUUGCUGGCAUUGGAAAAACUAUAUCUGUGCACAAGUUCAUCCUGGACUGGGCAGAAGGAGAAGCCAAUCAGGAUAUACACUGUGUGUUCCUGCUUCCAUUCCGAGAGAUAAACUUUGUGACAAAUGAUGAUUUGAGUCUUCAUGGGCUUCUGUUGACAUUUUAUUCAGAACUGAAGGACCUGGAGAAAACAAAGCUUUAUAAAGAAUGCAAUUUAGCAUUUAUAUUUGAUGGUUUUGAUGAGAGUCGUCUGCCUUUGAAUUUUAAAAGUAAAUCAGUAAACAUUGUUGAAGAAAAAGCAUCUGUGAAUGUGCUGUUUACAAGUCUGGUCAAAGGUGAUCUGCUUCCAUCAGCUCUUGUCUGGGUGACCUCACGACCAGCAGCAGCAAAUCAGAUCCCUCCUCGGUAUGUAGGUUUGUUCACAGAGGUGCGAGGAUUCACUGACCAACAGAAAGAGGAGUACUUCCGAAAAAGAAUCACAGAUGAGACUCUGGCCUCCAGAAUUAUCUCACAAAUUAAAACAUCUCGUAGUCUCUAUAUCAUGUGCCACAUUCCUGUGUUCUGCUGGCUCAUGGCCACAGUACUUCAGAAUAUUAUCAAGGACAGUGAAGAGAACAUCGGCACAACCCUCACUGAAAUGUAUAUUCACUUCCUGCUGAUACAGAUCAACAUAAAGAACCAGAAAUAUGAUGAACAAGAAGAAAGAGAAUGUGCAAAGCACUUACAAUUAAAUGGACAGAUGAUUUUGAAGUUAGCCAAGCUAGCUUUUGAACAUCUGAAGAAAGAAUCUAUUGUGUUUGAUAAAGAAGAUCUUAAACAAUGUGGUAUUGAUGUGAGUGAAGAUGCAGAAUUCUCAGGAAUUAUUGCUGAGAUCUUAAAGAAGGAAUGUGGACUGCAUGUGACAAAAGUAUUCAACUUUGUGCAUCUGAGUGUUCAAGAGUUUCUUGCUGCAGUGCAUGUGUUCUAUUGCUACCUGAACAAGAACAUGCAAGAGCUUCAGUUUUUCUUUGAUGAGCCAGAAGAAAAUGUCACAUUGCAAGAGCUACUGCAGAAGGCUAUAUUUAAAGCCAUGAAGAGUCAAAGAGGACAUCUGGACCUGUUUCUGAGGUUUCUGAUGGGCAUUACACUGGAAUCCAAUCAAAAGCUGUUCAAAGGCCUGAUCUCACACACUGAAGACACCACAAACAGCAUCAGACAAACAAUUCAAUACAUUAAAAGAGUACAAGAUGGGUUCAUUAUCUCAGAUGAAGCUUCAGUCAACCUGUUUUACUGCUUACUUGAGCUCAAAGAUCAUUCGUUGUAUGAGGAAAUCCAGAGAUACGUCAGUUCAAAUGAACAUCCAGAAAGAAAACUCUCAUCCUCAAUGUGCACAGUGCUGACUUAUAUAGUGCUGAUGUCAGAGAAGGUGCUGGACGAGUUCAACCCAAAGAGGUUCACGUCCCAACAAGAAAAUUACAGGAGACUUGUUCCAGCAGUGAGAGGCUGCAGAAAAGCCAUAUUUGAUGCCUGUGGUCUUGAUGAAGCAUGCUGUGAAACUAUAUCUUCAGCUCUCCAAUAUUUAAACACCCAUCUGACAGAGCUGGACCUCAGUAGCAAUGACCUGCCAGAUUCAGGAGUAAGGCUGCUUUAUGAUGGACUGAAGAGUCCACACUGUCGACUAAACAUACUGAGACUACGUGGCUGUAAUCUCACUGUUCAUUCCUGUGAAAGUUUGUCAUCAGCUCUACAAUCCUCUGUCCUGAGAGAGCUGGACCUGAGUAACAAUGACCUUCAGGACUCUGGAGUUAAGCUACUUUCUGAUGGACUGAAGAGUCCAAACUGUCAGCUGGAGAUACUGCGAUUUUCCAUUUGCUAUCUCACUGCUCAGACUUGUGAGAGUUUGUCAUCAGUUCUACAAUUGUCAGCCUCCUGUUUGAGAGAACUGGACCUGAGUAAUAAUGACCUGAUGGAUUCAGGUGUGAAGCUGCUUUCUGAUGGACUGAAGAAAAACUGUAAUCUGGAGAUACUGAGGUUAUCUGGCUGUAUGGUGACCGAGAAAGGCUACGGUUAUAUAGCUUCAGCUCUGAGUUCGAACCCCUCUCACCUGAGAGAGCUGGAUCUGAGCUAUAAUAACCCAGGUGAAUCAGGAGUCAAGCUGCUCUCCGAAAAACAGGAGAAUCCCAAGUACAGACUGGACAAACUCAAUGUGGGUAAUACAGGAGAAUCAUGGAUUACAGCAAGACUACACAAAUAUGCCUGUUUUCUCACACUGGAUGCAAACACAGCAAACAAUGAACUUAUUCUAUCUGAGGAUAACAGAAAGGUGACACAUGUGGGAAAAGAUCAGUCAUAUCCUGGACAUCCUGAGAGAUUUGAUGUGUAUCAGAUUCUGUGUAGAGAGAGUCUGUCUGGACGCUGUUACUGGGAGGCUGAAUGGAGUGGAGUUGAGGCUGUUAUAUCAGUUACUUACAAAGGAAUCAUCAGGAAAGGAAGGAGUCGUGACUGUAUGUUUGGACGCAAUAAAAUCUCCUGGAGCCUGUUGUGCAAUGAAGCCAAAUUUACUGCCCGUCAUAAUAACAAUUCAAUGGACAAGUCUGCUCUUUCACGCUCCUCUAAUAGAGUAGGAGUGUAUUUGGACAUGUCGGCUGGCAUUCUGUCCUUCUAUAGUGUCUCUGACACACACAAACUCGCACACAUACACACAUUCAACAAUACAUUCACUGAACCUCUCUAUGUUGGAUUUGGGGUUUAUGAUUUGAACUCAGUGUCUCUUGUGUGACAUAAACAGCCUCUAUUGAGAGCCUGUUGUCAGAAACAUGCAGAGAUGCACAAAAAACCUUAUUAACAUAAAUACAUCUCUAAAAUAUUUUUUUUAUUUUAUGGUUGGUGUCUCUCUGACACACAUGC